UGCGGAUCCACAACAAACCCACGUGCGCUUUGUCACCAGGACCCCUGCUUUCUCCAAAGCACCGUCAGGAAAGAAGGGUGGAAUGCCUAGCAGCGUCCAGGUUCCUUCAGAUCCCGCAUUCUGGGUUCACAGACCAGGAAACUGAGCACUCCACCCCCGCGGCGGGGGGUGGGGACACAGGCACCAUAACAAACGCACGUGCGCCCAGCCCUGGGCUCCCCGAGCAUUGCACACCCUUAGGAGCCGCCCUGCGGAACCGGCCAUUGUCUCGGCUUCGGGGUAGGGAGCAGCGCGGGGGGCGCCACUUGCUGGAGGAGGUCGACAGAGACAUUAAAAGGCAAGGUAGAACCAACUGUGCAGAGCUCUGCAACCAGCAGCCCAGAGAGAAGCAGCUAUGAUGCCCAGCUGAAGUGAUCUGGCCUCCUUGAGCCUGCCCCAGUCCGGGUGCCAGGUGUCUGUCCCAGCACUGAGGAGGAAGGAGAGGCGCCAGAAGGAAGCAGAACACUGAACACUGUACCUAUGGAAGGCAGUGCCAUGGAAGGCAGUUGUGGCAAACUAUCAGAGAAUGUGGCUGGCAGUGCCAAAUGCCAAUGAGGCUUGUUUUCCUGCUCAGAACAGAGUUGCUCCCUUGAAUGCGUCUUUCAUUAUGAUUCACACCACCUUGAAGAAAAAAGUCAGCUGCUGUGUGCUGGCCUUUCUCCUGUUUGCAGUCUUCUGUAUGUGGAAGGAGAAGAAGAAAGGGAAUUACUAUAAUUCUGUUAAAUUGCAAACCAAGGAAUUACAGGCAAUGAGUCUGGAGAAACUUGCCAUGGGGUCUGGUUCCCAGUCUGCACCUUCAAGCAAAUCCCAGGAUCCCCACAAGGGAAGCCAAACCCUCGGCAGUCCCAAGGGCCUGGCCAAGACCAAGCUAGAUCCCUUCUUCCAGGUGUGGAACAAAGACAGUUCUUCCAAAAACAUUAUCCCCAGGCUGCGGAAGAUCUGGAGGAAUUACCUGAGCAUGAACAAGUACAAUGUGUCCUACAAGGGGCCAGGGCCUGGUGUCAAGUUCAGUGCAGAGGCCCUGCGCUGCCACCUUCGGGACAAAGUGAACGUAUCCAUGGUAGAGGCCACAGAUUUUCCCUUCAAUACCUCUGAAUGGGAGGGUUACCUGCCCAAAGAGAGCUUUAGGACCAAGGCUGGGCCAUGGGGCAGGUGUGCUGUUGUCUCAUCAGCGGGAUCUCUGAAGUCCUCCCAACUGGGCAAAGAAAUAGAUGAUCAUGAUGCAGUCCUGAGGUUUAAUGGGGCACCUACAGCCAACUUUCAACAGGAUGUGGGCACAAAAACCACCAUUCGCCUGAUGAACUCUCAGUUGGUCACCACAGAAGAGCACUUCCUCAAAGACAGUUUGUACAAUGAAGGAAUCCUAAUUGUGUGGGACCCAUCUAUUUACCAUUCAGAUAUCCCAAAGUGGUACCAGAAUCCUGACUACAAAUUCUUUGAUAACUACAAGAGCUAUCGUAAGCUGCAUCCUGAUCAGCCCUUUUACAUUCUCAGACCCCAGAUGCCUUGGCAGCUGUGGGAUGUCAUUCAGGAAAUCUCCACAGAGGAGAUUCAGCCAAAUCCCCCAUCCUCUGGGAUGCUCGGUAUCAUCCUCAUGAUGACGUUGUGUGAGCAGGUGGAUAUUUAUGAGUUCCUCCCAUCCAAGCGCAAGACUGACGUGUGCCACUACUACCAGAAGUUCUUUGACAGUGCCUGCACAAUGGGUGCCUACCACCCGCUCCUCUUUGAGAAGAAUAUGGUGAAGUACCUCAACCUGGGCAAAGAUGAGGACAUUUACCUGCUUGGAAAAGCCACACUACCUGGUUUCCAGAGCAUUCACUGCUGAGGCGCCCUCUCCCUUCAUUGGGCAUUUUACAGCCCACCUCUUGGCCACCCUGGGCCUGGGGACACCAUGUUCCUGAACAAUCCCUGCCUGCUCCUUCCACUCCAGGCCUUCUGUCAGCAAGAGCCCUAUGCUCCAGGAACCCAGGGCAAGGAACCAGGUCCAGUCUGCCCUAUGGCCAUAGACGUGUGUGAGCCCAAAGCCUCCUGCCACACAUGCACACACACACAUGUAGCACUCUUUCCAGACAGAGUCCUCCCCUCCUUCCAUGUGGGUAAAUGCAAGACCCACCUUCCCUACCAGGGCUGCCAAAGCUGGGCUGUUUUCUUUGCCUGAAGGGUGUUAUUCUCACAAAUCAGCACUCUAUUGCUUGAAAUCUGCACCUAGACAUUGAUUUCAUGCUUUAAACAAAUUAUCCCAAGUUAUGAUUGUGCCUGGUGAAGGCUGGCUCUGGGGAAAGGGGGGCAAGUAAGUGGUACAAGGUGUAGGAAACAUGCUGCUCGGUUCCUCCAGAACAGAGGUGCCCCUAAGGUCUGCGACCCUGGGACAGGCUGUGUUCCUGUCAUGCAGGCUGGUUUGGCUGGUCCUUAGCUUGGGUGCUUAUGUGCAAAAGGUCUUGGUGAACUCACAUUCUUUUCCACAUGGAGACGGAGGGGCAGAAACGUACAGUCCCCAUUCUGAAGUUGCUCUCAGUUCAGUGGGAGUGACAGACAGGUGGGGUGCAGAGAGCUUAGUGCUCUGGGGGCCUGUAGAGGGCUUGCUCUGCGGUCUGCCAGUGCACCCGGAGAGGAGGGCGCACACUUCCUGUGUCUGUGGGCCACAGGGGGCUUCACAGAGCUAAGGUCACAGAGUGGGCUUCAGAGGAAGAAGAGAAACAUGCCAAACAGAUUUUCCUGGAGUCAUUUAAGUUGUGUUUUCCUUCCUGCCUUGAUUACCCAUAUCUAUUCUCUAAGGUCUGCCUGAAUUUACAGGCUCAAAUUAUUUUUGAGUAUGAAAACCCCAAUCCACAUUUGACGGAUCGAGUGCAGACCCACGGCAGAUUCCAGACAAGAACGUUGCCAAAACCCUGAUUUCUCCAGGCUCAGCUUGGUUGGCCCUGACCCUGUCCUACUAGCUGGGUUUGUACACUGUGUCCACCUUUUCCUUUUUAAUGCCCACUCCCACAUCUCCCCUACCUGCCAUCUUGGGUUCCCCCUUUAAAGUGGUCUUUUCCCUCCCAGGUUACUACUAAGCAUUUUCUCCCUUAGAAGUAUCCUGACCCAAUUUCUUUGACCUUCAUGGGCCUUCUGUGAAAGGUCUCUCAGGGAGUGGGGAUGUGAUUCCCCAGAGCUUAAAGUCGCUCUCAGAGGUCAGAACCUUAGAGACUACGACUAAUUCUCACUAGGUGGAUCAGAUGGCCUUGCCCUCUGCCUGUCUAGUGUUCGGAGAGGCCCUACCAUGCACCGGGUCUUGGCCUCCAUGCUGGAGAUAGAGCUUCACAGCAGAAGCCCCUCCACUGCACUGCAGACAGGCUUUCUAGAUGGCUUGCUCAUCGCCGCCCCCUGGUGGAGAACCAUCCUGGACUGCUCCAGUGCCUGGUGUGGAGAAUGUAAAGCAGGGGUCCCCUACCCCAGGCCAUGGACCCAUCAGUCUAUGGCCUGUUAGGAGCCAGGCCACACAGCAGGAAGUGAGUGUCAGGGAGCAAGUAAUGCUUCAUCUGUAUUUACAGCUGCUCCCCAUCACUCACAUUGCCACCUGAGCUCUGUGUCCUGUCAGAUCAGUGGUGGCAUUAGAUUCUCAUAGGGGCAUGGACCCUACUGUGUGUGAACUGCACAUACAAGAGAUCUAGGUUGCAUGCUCCUUGAAAGAAUCUAAUGCCUGAUGAUCUGAGGUGGAGCUGAGGCAGUGAUGCUGGCAGUGGGGAGCAGCUGCAAACACAGAUUAUCAUUAGCAGAGAGGUUUGACUGCACAGAGACCAUAAUAAAUUGCUUGCAGGCUCAUAUGAAAACCCUAUCAAUGAGUGGCAAGUGACAAUUAAGCUGAAUCUGGUUGGAGGUUAUAAAGCCGUCCCCACCACCUAGUCUGGAAAAAUUGUCUUCCAUGAAACCAGUCCCUGGUGCCAAAAAGAUUGGGGACCACUGAGGUAAAGAACUCACUCAACAUUACUGAGUAAUGCUGUAGAGCCAGGCCUCCUAGCCCCAGGCUUCUGAACUUGAGAAGCUGGACCCUCAUGCUCAAGGUCCUCUACUGUUUGAGUUCAGGACCAACAUCCUGGGAGGUGGAGUACUCAUCUAUGGCAAACCGCUGGGCUUUGAGAGGCAGUGGACAGAGCCUGGAGCAAGAAGCCCUGGGUUUUCAAACUGAAGUUCCCCUGUUCACUAGCUAUGCCACCAUGGGCGAAUUCUCCUGUCUGAGCCUGUUUCUACAUCUGUAAAGUGGGGGCCAUGGGCCUAUGUCACAGGGCUAUGGUGAGGGUCACAUGGAACACCUUCUCUGACCCCAUUCCUGGGGUCACCUGACAGGUGCUUAGUACGUGGCAGUUUCCUUCCUCCCCUUGGUAAGGACCUGCUCUGUUCUCACUCUUGGGCAGAUCCCUGCUUUGAAGGAGGCUAGAGCUGGGGCCCUGACCUUAGGGAAUUAAGUGUCCUACUGAGAGAUGACAACUGUUUUGUUUGGAACACCCAGGAAAUUAUCCGAGGCAGUGGAUGGGGCAGAACGUGCCCCUCCUCCUUCCUGCCUGCAUCCCAGGUCUGAUUCUGCUUGGGAAUGGGAGAAGGAGUACUUGAACUGCUAAAUGCUGUGUGGAACUCAUCUUGUCUGCCUCUUGGGGUCCAUGAGUUCUUGACUUGCUUUUUAUUCUUAGUUGAUACACUCAUUGCAAUCUUCGAAUCAUGAAUAGGGAGUGCAGAGGAAGGUGUCAUUCCACCAGCAGGGAUGGAUAUUGGUGUGGACACUGAGACAACACUGGGUAGAUUCUAGCUUUUAGUUAUUAAUAUAAGGGGUCAAAUUAAUUUAAGUGUGAUUCUGUGCUCUCCAUAGAAAUUGGUAAAAUGCAAAUAUUGUUGGUCUGUCAAGAUGUUUAAUAUUUGUUAUAGAUAACUUAAAAAUUAGGAAAGCCUCUGUUUCUAAGUGCUCAUCUCUUCAUCCUUUUUCAUCAGAUCCUCCAAUCCUCUCACCAAUCGGAUAGCUAUUGACAUAGUGUGGAGUUGAGACAUCAAUCUCAGCAACUUAUGAAAAAUGCCUAAGCUAAUUCUGAAUCACCCAAAGAUUAUGUAAAAUUUUAAAAUAAAUGUGUGUUUUUUU